UGUAGGGAUCCAGGCGGCCGCGCUUGGGCAUCCCCGCAUGUAAAUAAGGAGGACGGACCUAACCCCGUCAAGUGUCCCACAGAUUUGUGCGGUUGCGACCUCAUUCAUUCUGUUACAUCUCUAGAAAUCAAUUACAAGACAUGGCAAAUACUGUAACAGUCCCUUCUCCGGAGACUCUUAAGAGUCUGGAGUCGUUGAAAAUGGAAAGUGAAGUCGACGAUGAUGUGGUUGAUCCGUGGAAUGUCGUAAGCAAAUCGGAGACCGGGGUUGAUUACGACAAAUUGAUAAAGAAAUUUGGCAGCUCCAAAGUUGACACAGAACUGCUUCAAAGGAUUGAAAAAAUCACAGGCAAAAGUCCCCACCACCUCUUGAGAAGGGGUAUGUUCAUGUCUCAUAGAGACAUGCACACAAUUUUAAAUGAGGUAGAGAAAGGAAAACCGUUCUACUUAUACACUGGUCGUGGCCCGUCUUCUGAUGCCAUGCACAUGGGGCACCUGAUUCCAUUCUUCUUCACCAAGUGGCUGCAAGAUGUCUUUGAUGUACCAUUAGUUAUUCAAUUAACUGAUGAUGAAAAGUUUUUGUGGAAGGACCUUGAUAUGGAGAAAGCAAAAAAGCUUGCGUUUGAAAAUGCAAAAGAUAUAAUUGCAUGUGGAUUUGAUAUUGAGAAAACUUUUAUUUUCUCUGAUCUGAAUUUUAUUGGGCAAUGUCCAGAAUUUUAUCAGAACAUGGUUCGAAUUCAGAAGUGUGUAACAUAUAAUCAAGUGAAAGGUAUUUUCGGAUUUGGAGACAGUGAUUGCAUAGGGAAGAUCAGCUUCCCAGCAGUCCAAGCAACUCCGUGCCUUUCUUCAUCCUUCCCUUUUAUUUUUAAUAAGGCUAAGUUGCCUUGUCUUAUUCCCUGUGCAAUAGACCAAGACCCAUACUUCAGAAUGACUCGUGAUGUAGCUCCAAGGCUGGGUGCUCACAAGCCUGCCUUAAUACAUUCAGUGUUUUUCCCUGCACUUCAGGGAGCAAUGACAAAAAUGUCUGCUUCUGACAAUAAUUCAGCAAUAUUCCUUAAUGAUACACCAAAGCAAAUCAAAAGCAAGAUCAAUAAGCAUGCCUUUUCUGGUGGACAAGCAACUGUUGAAGAGCACAGAGAAAAGGGUGGGAAUUGUGAUGUUGAUAUAGCAUACCAAUACCUCACAUUCUUUUUAGAAGAUGAUGAAAAGUUAGAAAAAAUCAGAAAGGAUUAUACAAGUGGGGCAUUGCUCACGGGAGAGCUGAAGAAAAUUCUCAUCGACACUAUCACCCCCAUUGUCACCCAACAUCAAGAGCAAAGAAAAGCUCUCACAGAUGACACUGUGAAAGAAUUUAUGAGACCUCGUAAAUUAAAAUACUCCUAUUAAUUUUUGUGUCAAAUUUGAUUCAAAAGGUCCAGUCUAGCCCCACUUU